ACGAUCAAGAAGCGAGAAACAAUCUCCUUCUUCAUCGUGUUCUUCUUCCUCGUUAUCACUUUGUUUUCAUUACGACGAGAAUUAAUUGAGAUCUUGAACGCUCCAAUCAUCAUCAUCAUCAUCUAAAGCCGGAAAACAAAGCUGUGGUUUUUGGCUUCAUCGUCUUAAAUCCAUGGCAGGAGGAGUUUUUAUGGACGAGAGUGGCCAUGGAAGAGACCACGAUCAAGGCGGUGUAACCGCAUUUGUUGUGGUUACCUGCAUUGUAGCUGCAAUGGGUGGUCUCCUCUUCGGUUACGACAUUGGUAUCUCAGGAGGUGUGACAUCAAUGGAUGAGUUUCUAAAGAGAUUCUUCCCUGACGUGCUUCGUGGAAUGCAAAAGGAAACAGGGCGUGAAACAGAGUAUUGUAGAUACGACAAUGAGCUUCUAACUCUCUUCACCUCCUCUCUCUACCUCGCUGCUCUAUUCGCUUCUUUCCUCGCUUCAACGAUUACAAGGCUUUUUGGCCGGAGGGUGUCCAUGAUCAUCGGGAGUCUCGCUUUUCUCUUUGGAGCUCUUCUCAAUGGUUUCGCUAUCAGCCUCGAGAUGUUGAUCAUCGGGAGGUUGUUUCUUGGUGUAGGUGUCGGAUUCGCUAACCAAUCUGUUCCUCUUUACCUCUCUGAGAUGGCUCCUGCUAAGAUCAGAGGAGCUCUAAACAUUGGUUUCCAAUUAGCGAUCACGAUCGGGAUCUUAGCGGCGAACCUUGUCAACUACGUAACCCCAAAGCUCAAGAACGGGAUCGGAUGGAGAGUAUCUCUAGGUUUAGCUGGUGUUCCGCCCGUUAUGAUGCUUGUCGGAUGCUUUUUCUUGCCAGAGACGCCAAACUCAAUUCUUGAACGUGGGAAUAAAGAAAAGUCUAAGGAGAUGCUACAGAAGAUCAGAGGAACCAUGGAGGUCGAGCAUGAGUUUAAUGAUCUUUGCAACGCGAGUGAGGCCGCAAAGAAAGUUAAGCAUCCAUGGACGAAGAUAGCGCAAGCUCGUUAUCGACCGCAGCUAAUUUUUUGUACGUUCAUCCCAUUCUUCCAACAGCUAACAGGGAUCAACGUCAUUAUGUUCUAUGCACCUGUUCUGUUUAGGACCAUCGGUUUUGGAAAUGACGCCUCUCUCAUAUCCGCGGUCAUCACCGGACUCGUCAAUGUCCUCGCCACCCUUGUCUCCAUCUACUCCGUAGACAAAUUCGGACGCAGAGCUUUGUUUUUUGGAGGUGGUAUCCAGAUGAUCUUGACUCAGAUCGCGGUUGGUUCAAUGAUCGGAUGGAGAUUUGGAGUAAAAGGGGAAGGAACGUUAUCACUGGUUGAUGCGGAUAUAAUCUUGGCAUUGGUCUGCCUCUACGUGGCCGGUUUUGCAUGGUCAUGGGGACCGUUGGGAUGGUUAGUGCCGAGUGAGAUAUGUCCAUUGGAAAUUAGAUCGGCAGGACAAUCGUUAAACGUUUCGGUGAACAUGUUCUUCACGUUCUUAAUUGGACAAUUCUUCUUGACGAUGCUUUGCCACAUGAAGUUUGGUCUGUUCUACUUCUUCGCCUUCAUGGUCUUGAUCAUGACCAUUUUCAUUUACUUCUUGUUACCGGAGACAAAAGGAGUUCCGAUUGAGGAUAUGGGGAGAGUGUGGAAGGAACAUAGAUACUGGGGGAAGUAUAGUAAUAUUGAUGAUGGUGAUGAUGAUGUUGAUGAUGCUGCUUAUAGUUUUAGUCGAUGAGCUUCAUCAACAUAUUUGGAAUUUAGGAUUUUAAGAACUUGUUAAUGAGAAGAAAGCUUGUACUGACCGGAUUCGUUUUCAAAUUAAAACCUUAGAGCAACCACAACAAGAGAAUCCCAUUUUGGGCUCUUGGUAAUAUUUUUAUUUUUUAGUAUUAAUUUUGUAAAAUUUGAAAAUAAAUGAUGAUGUUGGGGUUUUUAAAUUUGUAG